AAGAUUCCUAAAAUUAUGAAUGUGUAAAGCAGGAUUUCUGAGUAUUUGGCACUGUUGGUGUUUUGAACUGCUGAGACGUGGAAACUGUCCUGUGCUUUACAGGCUAUUUAGCAGCAUCUGUAGCCUCUGUCCUCUAGAUGCCAGUAGCUUCCCCAUCACUACCACUGAGUUAUGAGAACCGAAAAUGUCUCUAGACAGUGCCAGAUUUCCCCUGGGGGACAAAAUCACCUCUUGUGGAAUACCACUGACAGAAAGGAGAAAAUAAUCAGAAAAAAGGAGGGGGGAUGGCAGUAGAAUCUAAUUGUCCAUGAGUCCAGAUUUUUUACCUAAAUAACUCUCGAUCCAUAUUCUGCCUGGGAAAGAUAAUGCAGGUGAUAAGUAAUUGUAAAUUAAGACAAUGUACCAGCUUGGGUUCAAAUAUUGGAAUUUUGGGUUUGGGAAAAAAAUAUUGGUGUUUUCUUUAACAGUAAGCAAAUAUCCUGUGUAUGUGAAAUUAACAUCUUACUUGACAGAUGAGAAAAUCUGAAAUAACUCUUUAGUAGUAUAGCAAGGAAAGAACCCAGAUUUCUCAAUGUCCAGCCCAGGGAAUAUCUUAUUAGAACUGUCCACUAGACAUAAACCUCAGUGAUCAUUGGUAUCAUCUGUGCUUUUAAAAAGUAUAGACUUCUGGCUCCCUUCGAAUUUUUUAGAGUAAGUUAGUUUGGAAGCCACUGUACCUGACCACAUUGCUAUUCAUUUAUUUAUUUCAGUUGUAUAAGCAAAUGAUGUUUAAUGGUGUUUUCCAGAUAGGUAGGAUAGAAUAAUCUUAAAUUUUGGGUCAUAUUGCUCAUUAUAUACCUUCAUGUUCAUUCAUAAAGAAGGGAAGGAAAGAAGGGAAAGAAGGAGGGAGAGAGAGGAAAGGAGGAAGGGAGGAGAUGUGUGUGCGGUCACUUUUCUAAGGGAUGGUGGACAACACAUUUACACUGAGCAGGGGGAAAAAUGGCUGCUUUCAGUAACGAGAUUAUGGUUUUGGUAGUGUGUGAUUAUAAGAUGUUAAAGUGACUUCUGCUUAUUCUCUCCUGUGACACUUUCACGUCUCAUCAACAAACAUUUUCAAAAAUGGUUUGAAAGAGCAAAGGCAGGAAGAAAUACAGGAUAUGUUUUGGAAAAAAAAAAAAAAAACUGCACACCCUAGAGAACAAAAUGUUGAUGAAACUGGAGUGGUUAAUGGCCGCAUCAGGCAAUCACUAGACAUCUAUUCCUUCCUGGAGAAAAGGCAGUGAAGUGCCAGUUCCAGCCAAUCUGACCUUUGAGGCCUAUAACUUGAAUGCUGUUCUACUCUGGGAUUACCCGAUCAUGCCAUGGACCCCUGUGUUUACUGUACAGGUGAAGGCCUAUGAGGACCCAGUAUGGAUUGAUGCCUGCAAUACCUCUCUUCAUUCUUGUGAUAUCUUUUCCUUAAUUAAUGAUCCAUCAGGUUCUCUCUGGGCUAGAGUUAAAGCUAGGCUUGGACAAAAAGAAUCAGCUUAUGCAGAGUCAAAAGAGUUUAUUUUAUGCAGACACGGGAAAAUUGGACCACCUAAACUGGAUAUCAGAAAGAAGGAAGACCAAAUCAUUGUUGAUAUAUUUCACCCUUUCAUUACUGAAAAUGGAAAUGAACCAGAACUCGUGUAUGAUGAUGAAAAUUCUUGUUACACAUUCACAUACAAUGUGUUUGUGAGGAUAAAUGGAAGUGAAGCCACAGAUAAAACAUACAUGAAGAAGAUAGAUGAUUGUAAUGAGACUCCAUGCUUCUUAAGUAUUCAGGUGUCCUCACUGAAUUCUGAGUACUGUGUUUCAGCAGAAGGAGUCUCAGAUUUGUGGGAUAUUAAAACUGAGAAGUCCAAAGAACUUUGUAUUACCAUUUUUGAUGAGAAGAGCACACAAAAUCCUGUUUGGAUUCCGAUUGUUGCUGUUUUACUGCUCUUUCUGAUACUUACCCCGGUAGUUGUGUUUUGUCUCAUCAAGAAGGUGAAUCCGCUUAAGAAAGAAAACAUCAUGUUACCCAAAUCCUUGCUGUCUGUGGUAAAAAAUGGCUCUUUAGAGACAAAACCUGAGCCAAAAUAUAUAUCACCCAUCAUCUACCAACCAAUUGCCCUAGAAAACGAGCAGUUGUCUCCAGGGACAAUUUCAAGCGUGCAUACUGAAGACAAUCCAGGAAAAGCGGAAAACGGAGAUCUUUCUAGUGAAACGGAAGUGGUGACCACUGAAGAAAAUAUUUCUGACUUGUUCCCUAGUAGCCCUGUGACCUCAGUAGAGAGAGAGAAUUCUGUCCACUCAAGCAGUAACCAGUCUGAACCCUGCAGCAUCACUUUAAAUGCCUAUCACUCCAGAAAUGGUUCUGAUGGUGGCCUUGUGAUAUUGAACAACUGUUGUGACUCAGAAAGUAAUAAAACUGAAAUAAAGACAGAAGGGCAAGAGCCCAUAACGCUGAGAAACACUACCACCUCCUUUGGUUAUGAUAAACCACAUGUGUUAGUGGAUCUGCUUGUGGACGAAGGUGCUAAAGAGUCCUUGAUUUGUUACAGACCUACAGCGGAUUCCAAAGAGUUUUCAUAAGAUCAACCAAGAUGCACCAGCUUGUACAAUGUGCUUUUCCCACGUAAUUUUCUCGCUUUGAAAAUUGUGUCUUGUUGGUAUCAACCAAGUGGAGUAUCAUGGUUUAGAUAAAUGUAUAAAAAGAGCCUGUUUGAAACUGUCAGAGUUGGUCUGAAGACUGCAGAGACUCUAAAAAAACAAAAAACAAAAACAAACAAGGUCACAUAGGAACCUUUCCAUCUAGAUUUGUUAACCGUGCCAGUGAAUGCUCUCUAAUAACUCUGCUUCCUGUGAUAGAAGAUGAUACCCCCAGGAUCUUUUCUAACCACUUCUAGAGAUUAAAUGGAUUUUUUUCUGUGCCUCAUAGUGGUAUUUGCUUUUGGUAGUUUAUGUAUAUAGGCUUUCAGAAGUAACCUGAAUGCUUUUGAAAAUUGUACUUAAAAUUUAAUUGAAAUGAAUACAAUUAAUAGAGUGUGUACAUAGCUUGUAUAUAUUUUUUAUGGAACACAUUUAGAGAUUUUUAAAUAAAAUAAUUCUAAAAUUCA